AGAUUGGAGGCAUCAGGGGUCAAUCUCCCCUGGUGUCUUGGAAUACCUCAUUUCUCGACCUCCAGAAUAUUUAUUCAUCGACUGGGGUGGUAUUUUGGGGUUUUCGAGCCGGUGACGACUUGGGCCUGCCCACCACAUCAAAACUGCCGUCCUUUGUUUUCAGUUCCAUUACCAAGAAAAGAGCAUAAAAAAGAAACCAUGUUCCCCCUGAGCCUUGGCAUCCUCCCCCUCACGCUCUUGCUCGCAGGGACCGUCGUCGCCUUGCCGUCAUCCUCGUCGGCCCAAUCCGCGAUACGGCCCCGGGCGGCCGCCCCUCCUCCUCCUCCUCUCCCAGCCGUAGCACCCCCGAUCCGGCAGAGGGACCAGGAUCUCGGCAAUGACACGCAGAACGGUCUCGUCGAGGGCCGGUGCGCGGCCGUAACGGUGCUCUUUGCCCGCGGCACCCUCGAGUCCGGAAACGUUGGCACCUUUGCCGGCCCGCCCUUCUUCCAGGCGCUUGCGGCGCGCCUGGGGCCCGACAGGCUCAACGUCCAGGGCGUCGAGUACCCAGCGGUUUCCAAGGGGUUCUUUAGUGGUGGUGACGCUUCCGGGUCGUCCAAGAUGGCCCAGCUUGCGACUGAGGCCGGGCAGAAAUGCCCAGGAACAAAGGUUGUCUUGUCGGGGUAUUCGCAAGGUGGCCAGCUCGUUCACAACGCCGCUCGGAUACUGGGUCCGCAAGGCAUAUCGGUUGUGUCCGCGGCCGUGACUUUUGGUGAUCCUUAUAAUCCAGCACCAGUGCCAGGCCUGCCGUCGGACGACAGCAUGAUCUUCUGCCACACAGGUGACGACAUAUGUAAGGGCGGCGAGCAGCUCUUCGACCCACACUUUACGUAUAACCGGGACGCCGGGGCGGCGGCGGAUUUCAUCGUGAGGAUAACAAAGAUGAAUGGGCCGCCGGGAGGGGGAAACAUGGCCCCGUUGCCGUUCCCUCCGCCGACGCCGAGUCCGGAUAACGCAAAUCCCGGAAUCAGUGGUAAGAUAUCUUUCGGUAUUCUGUCGCUGGGACGGAAACAAGAAGAGUGAUUGUCUUUUUUUGCUGGGGUUUAGUGGUAAAGCCACAACGCAUCUCCCCCCAAAAAAGAAGAGAAAAAAAAAGAAAAAAGGAAAGAAAAGAAAGAAAGAACUCGAAUGACGAUCCAGGCGUCGACAGCAUGUAUAGAGCAAGUUCCAAAUCAGGCUUACAGCUGCUCUCUUUGUAUUGGUGAGACCAGUCACCGUUGGCUUUGCCAAGCUGUGCAUCAAUAUAGAUUCAACAAAAAUUUAAAAGUUGCCUGUCUCUUGAGUGUAU